CGCAGGGACGGCAGGUGGUCAUUGGAGGACUGGUGGCAGGGGGCGGAGAGCUCCGUGUCUGGUUUUCGGCGGGAAUUGAAACCGCCGCUGCUGCCGCCACGAACUUGAGAGCUGCGAGUUUCCAGCCUUGAAGGGGGCAUGGUGCGGCCUGUGAGGAAUAAGAAACCGGUCAAUUACUCACAGUUUGAGGACUCUGACAGUGAUGAUGAUUUUGUUUCUGCAACUACACCUCUAAAUAAGAAAUCCAGAACAACACCAAAGGAGUCAAAAAUAGAAAAAACAAAACCUAAAUUGAAAAAUCUCCAGAAAGAAGACAUGCCACUACAAGAGAAAACCCCUAAAAAAAGGGUGGCUUUAGAUGACAAGCUCUACCAGAGAGACUUAGAAGUCGCACUAGCUUUAUCAGUGAAGGAACUUCCAGCAGUCACCAUAGAUGUGGAGGAGUCUCAAGAUAAAAGCAUUGAAAAACGUGGCAAUAGUGAAAUAGAAAGAAUGAAUAAGUCUCCCCAUAUCUCCAACUGCAGUGUAGCCAGUGAUUAUUUAGAUUUGGAUAAGAUUACUGAGGAAGAUGAUUUUCAUGGUGUUCAAGGGAAAAGAAAAGCAGCAUCUAAAGCUGUGGUGCAACAAAGGAAGAUUCUUUUGGAAGACGGUGACGGUGAUGGUGCUAAUGACUCCGAACCAGACUUUGCAACUGGUGAAGAUGCUGAAGAUGAUUCUGAUUAUAAUGAGAGUGAAGACCAUGAUGAAGACUUCCCUGUGAGAAAAAGUAAAGUUAAGGAAAUUAAAAAAAAAGAAGUGAAGGUAAAAUCCCCAGUUGAAAAGAAAGAGAAGAAACCUAAAUCCAAAUGUAAUGCUUUGGUGACUUCAGUAGACUCUGCUCCAGCUGCUGUCAGAUCAGAAUCUCAGCCCUCACCAAAAAAGGUUUCUCUUUCUUCAGAGGCUGCUGGGAAACCAUUACACAUACGCAGUCCUUCAGCUGAAAGCAAGAGACCUAAGUGGGUCCCACCAGCGGUAUCCGGAAGUAGCAGCAACAGCAGCAGCCCACUGGCAGGAGUGUUUGUUAAAUCCCCAAACCAGAGUCUCCGCCUUGGCUUGUCCAGAUUAGCGCGAGUUAAACCUCUGCAUCCAAAUGCCGCUAGUAGCUGAGUGUGGGAGCGGAGAAAUCUUUGAUUGAGAGAAUCGCAGUUUUAUAAGUGUGUUUAUAUUUGAUUUGUGUUUAUAUUUGAGGAGGGUAUUAUAAUAAGAAGGAAUCUUUUAAUGUCAUAUAAAUUAUAGUCAUCCCUCAGUAUCUGCGGGGGAUUGGUUCCAGGAACCUCCAGGGAUACCAAAAUCCGCAGACGGUGAGUCCCUUCCAUGUUAUAAAAUGGCAUACUACAGUGAAUACAGGGUUUCGAAUCCAUGGAUACGGAGGGCUGACUGUAUCUCUACCCAGUUUGUGAUUAUAUUCUCUGAAAAGCUAUUCAAGACUUCAAUAAGAGGUUUGUUUAUAAGAAUUAUCUUGUAAUGUCAUUUGCUUCUGAAGAGCAUAUUUUAUUUUCCUUAUGUAUAAUAAGUCAUUGUCAUUAAGUGGUUGUCAGUUUGACAAUGAGGAAGUCCACAUUACAUGCUGUUCUUUUCUAGUAACGUAAUGUUCCUUUCUAGCUUUGUCUAGUUUAUGGCACCUUAACUUUAACUGUUCAGAGUUUAUCUGGCAAAAGGAAACAUUCCUGUUUCUUCCAGGAGACAUUUCUAAAAUCUUAUAAAUUACUUAAGCUACAUUGUCCCUUUAAUUCGUAGAUGUUUCAUAUUUUAGCCAAAUGUUUUUAUGUUAAGAAUUCAGAAUUAUUGUCCACAUUAAAAUGGUUGCUAUGCUAUGGCAUAUGUCCCCUACUUAGAAGUAGAUGGUUAUUGUAUAGCAAAUAGAAUUUCAUGACAUUUUAUGAAGCGCUCAUUGUCAAAACAUUUAAUAAAAGUGAAAACGUUUUGAUAUGCUCUUUUCCUUGAUACCA